CCCUGCUGUUGGGGCUGCCAAACACAGAGCAGCUGGCUGCUUACCUAAAGACUUGCUUUAUGAGGACGGAUCUCAGCUUUUAUCAUCUUUCAGUCUGCAGUAUCAGUGUGUAAGCUCUGCCUUGGGGGCGCUCUGACAAUAUGUGCUGUAAUUCUUUCCAGUGAAGAAGAUGCAGGAGCCAUAAUAAAACACACAGCUAACUGGACUGGGUGGAAAUAUCUGAAAUGUUCAGGUUUUAGGUCGCUAAUUUUGCUUUAACAUAUACGGACAAAAGGGUUCCGUUGAGAAGAGUCCGAAAUAAAAAUACACUGAAGAAAAUUCAGAUGUUACGUUGUGGUUUUGACAUUAGCAGACAUUAGCUGUUUUCGUCGUUGCGACGCACAGACGGUAUAAGACAGCUAGCUGCACGGUUAGCUUGUUUACACUUAGUCCGCUUCCCGUUUUCUGUUUAAUGUCACUGGUCUCCGGUACCGCGUGCAGACAUGGAGAGUUUGUACAAGCGGAAAAUGUUCGCGUCGAUGCGGAAAACCAAGGUGGCUGCAUCGAAGAAACGGCAGAUUGGCCUGCCCGCCUCUAUACUGGACGACAGUGACGAAGGCUCCUUCUCCUCCUCCUCCUCCGGAUCUCAGUCCGACUUCCAGAGCUCCCCGGAAGACGACAGCGAGCAGGAUUACCGGGACCGGAGCGAGUCCGGGGCGACUUCCAGCGACGACAGCCGCUCCGUGACCCGCAGGAAGCGCUCGUUCCUGGGAGGCGACGACAGCUCCUCGUCCUCCAGCCCAGGGGAGGAGGACGACGAUGAUGAGGACGACGAUGACGAGGAGGACAGGAGCCACUCGAAAAGGAUGGUUCAGCCCAGGAAGCGGAGCAGGUUGCAGCGGCAGGACGAGUCGGACUCGGACCAUGCGGAGGAGAAGCGGAGAGAGGAGGCGGAGAAGGCGAAGAGGAGGCAGAGACACAACAAGCUGCUGGCGCUGUCCCGGAGGAUGAAGGCCCGGGUCCCGAGCCGAAGGAGGAGCCGCUUGAAGCAGAGUGCGGGGGAGGGCAAUGAGGAAGAGUCUAAAGGAGGUGAGGAUGAGGCCGGUGGUGAUGAAGAUGGGGAUGGAGGAGAAAACAGCAGCGUGAAAGAGACUGCAGGAGGUGAUGCAGGAGGCAGAGAGGAAGAGAAAGAUGAGGAAGAGGAAAAAGAGGAGCAGGAGGAGGGGAAGAAAUAGAUCCACACUGUCAUGAAGAACAGAGGAGGAGUUGUGAAGAACUAAGAAGUUUAGCCCCCUGAAAAUGAGUCAUAUUUGUACAGUUUCUUCUCUAUCAGAACUUAAAAACACUAAGAACUGCCUUUAGAAGGAUUUCAUGGUCAUAUCGUGUCCCUAUAGCAACAGACGUUGGUGACAUGCAACAAAAAGAUGUCCGGAGGAUUUGGAAAGCCUCGAUGAAGCGAUACAACAUUGUCUGUGAAGGAAGUGGAGCCUGAAAUGGGACAGAGCUGUAGACAGAUCGUGAGAUUGAAACGUGGCUGAUGGAUAUGUCACCUAUAUAUGAACCGACUUAGUUCUGAAAUGUCACUCAUGAUGUCUGCUGCUGCUGAUCUACCAACAUAUGUCAAGUCAAGCCGGUUUUAUUUUUAUAUCCCAGAAUUACUAAUCCCAGUUGUCCAUCCCAAGUAGACGUCAUGUCACUGAUGUUCCACUGACAGCUGCCGCUUUUCACCGGCAGGUGUUCUGUAAACCUAGUAUUUCUAAUGUCCUACUGGAAGAUGAUCACUCCAUGACAGAACCUGUCACUGAUGAAAGGUAAUACUUUAGUGGUUUGCUAAUGCUGCAUUCAUGUCAACUGGGUUGGAUGGUAGAGAUGGGAGACAUUCCCAUGUUUACUUGCAAACCUUCACAUUAUCAGACAAAUCAAGAUGGUUGUAUGAUUACAGUGUUGGUCAAGUAAGGGUUAAAAAUACUAUGCACUGACAACAUAUCACUAUAUCCAUAAUUAUGCCUGUUGUUGAUCCCAAUAUAGAGGCAAGUAGAUCACUAGCGGCAUACCAACAGCUAACAGUUCAUGAGGAUGAUGUCAGGGUUUCUGCAGCUUCAGCCGGAGCAGGAAGAGAAAGAUCAGCUCAGUGACACAUGACAGUUCUCCUGCUGAAACACUAAGUUGAAGAAAUUUUCCUUUACUAACGAAGAGAAAGUCAGAGUUAACCGACUGUGUCCAUAACAGCAGAAAGAGAGAAUUAAAUUGCAAGUCCCAGAGAGCAUUGCAUAGCAAGACACUUGUGAGGGUUUCAGGCUCCUGUUUUGUUCCUGACUGCAUGGACGAAGUGUUUUGAAUGUUAUGAAACUGAUUUCACAGGUCUGGAUGGACAGUGGCCGCUGAGGCUUAUGGGUACUGUACUAUUUAGAGACAUUCAACAUACCCAACUGACAGCAUUCAGAUUCUUCUUUGUUGCACUUUCCCUCUUUUUCAUUUGCUUUUUCGUUUGAAUAAGAGAUUAAAUCGUACUCGGCUCCUGCAAAGCAGAUGUUUAUUUGUUUUGUUUUGCUUUUUUUUUUUUUUUAAUGUAUCUGUCUGACAGGCUCCGGCAUGAUGUCAGCAGAGGAUUUAGACUGAAUGAAGUCAAACACUUGUACAUUUUCUUGUACAGUAGCUUUUUAUUUGUAACAGUUUAAAGGCAAUGUUUGCAGAAGCGUCUGUAUUUUUUGGUAGUUUUGUCCAUCUCUGCUAUGAGUAACAAGGACAUUUGACUUUGCAGCCACUCUGAUUACACCUUCUCCAAUGUGUGGAUCUGCUACUUUUCUGUUCUGUAUUAUUGUAAACUGAAUAUAUUUGGGUUUUGUACUGUUGGUCAGAUAAAACAAGACAUUUGAAGACGUCUGUGACAGACAUUUUCACUGUUUUCUGACAUUUCAUAGCCUAAACAAUUAAUUAUAAAAUAAUGUACAGGUUAGAUGUUAAUUAGAAUGCCUGUGACCGUCCCAAAGUUUUAAUUUUUAGUCUUCCAUUGCAAUUGCAAAACCACACACAUUUUAAGUGUGUUCACUUUGGGGUUUCUGUCCAGAAAGAGCAACUGAUGUGACUGAGAGCUAAAACUCUACAAGAGUGUUUGUUUGACUUAAGCUCUGAUAAACAAAGACACUGACCUUUGGGAAUGGUGUAUACUAAAGACAAUAAACGAAGACCCUAGAUGUGGCUGAAAGCUCAAGAAACAUACAAACAGCUGAAAGAAAAGUUAACCUUCUAAACACAUUGAUCUCAGCCUGCAGUAUCCUGUUGAUAUGUACAUUUAUAGUAUGAAGAAAAGUUAGGUGUUUUUAAAGGAGUUUGGGGGUUCUCCUAACCAACCUCACAAAGCCCAAAGCACCCUUUUUAUCUACUGAAAAGAAUUUUUUGCAGUGAAAUGUUAUCACAGCUGACACGAAAGAUGGACUGAACUAUGAAAAUAAGAUUCAGAUGAAAAGAAACCAAAAGUAAUUUCUGUUUCGUUCAUACAUGUCGAAUCACAGAUUCUGGACAUUUCUCCUAAAUGCAGAAAACUGCUUGCAGUUUAAUUUUUGAACUCAGUGAAAGUUUUUAAAUUUAAUUAGGUCAAACAUUUUUGUAAAUGUUAAAAUAUCAAUGUGACAGGAGAGGAAAUCGUGUUUUGGGCCCCACCCAAAAACAUUUUUAAAGUCUGUUACAAUGAUGCAUUCUCGUGCUAAUGUUUAAAUUGGACAAAUAAUGUCCCUAACCAGAAGUCUAUUUUUUAAUACUCCCAUCAUUUAAUCUUCCCUCUAUUCCUUCGUUCCUCUCUCUGUAAAUGGUGUGUUUAAGGGGACUCAUACCAAAUGGAUAUAAGAAACUGCCAGCUGUAGCCACAGUUUUCAGUGUGCAGCUACUGAAACUGAACCUACAGAGUGUUUAAGAGCCUUGUGGCCUUUUCUGAUUUUCACUUAACCACUGGACUCAGUUUGUUAUACAGUACCAUGAUGAUACACACACAAACACAUGCGUCCUGGUUACGUAUCAGAGCUUGUGUAUUUACUUGUUUUCCAGUGUAUUUCUGGUCUCUUUUCGCUUCAGACCAACCUGCUCUGUUGAAAACACCUGUUGUAUUAAUAAAGUUUCUUUUUUUGACAAA